AUGCAGCUAAAACCAUUGCAAUGGCUUGCACAGCAUCCAUCUGAUCGAGGUCGAACUCGUCAAAUAUUUCUUCUGACUGACGGCGAGAUUUCCAAUGUUGCACAAAUACUCGAUCUGUGUCGAUCGAUGGCCUCAUCUACUCGAAUCUUUUCAUUCGGUUUGGGCCACUCGCCGAGCCGAUCUCUGGUCAAAGGUCUUGCUCGAUCGACGAAUGGUCGAUUCGUUUUCAUUCCACCGAAUACAAGCGUCGAUGUUCAGGUCGGCGAACAAUUGCGCAAGGCUCUUCAAUUGUGCAUCACAAAUGUUCACAUCAAAUGGAAUCUCGGAGUCGACGUACAAAGUGCUCCGAGACGAUCACCACCGGUCUAUGUCAAUGAUCGACUGAUUGUCUACGGUCUUGUCGAUGAUGAUAAAACGAUUCCAUUCGAUCAUAAUCCUUUGGUUGAACUCCAAACUGAAUAUGAUCAUCAUCGAUUGGCUAUGGCCAAAAUUGAUCGAGUGCCAAGUGUCAGUGAUAAUCGAACGAUUGUUCGUCUGGCUGCUAAAGCGCUCAUUCUCGAAUUGCAACACAAUAAAUUUCCGACGAGAUCAGGCUCGAUGCAAGAGCGAUUCGAUGGCUUGUCAAUGGCAAAUAAAGAGAAAAAUGAAUAUUUAAAAUGUAGAUCAUUAUCUGAUUUCGAAGAAUUAGCUAAGAAAUUAAUGAUGCCACAUCGUUUUUAUUAUUAUGACUACAAAGCUGGUCAAGAAUAUACAUAUCAAACAUAUAGACAUUAUUUUGAUAAACAAUUAAGAAUUAUGCCAAGAGUUUUGAUGAAUGUUAGUGAAAUUUCAUUAAAAACAACUAUAUUUGGGUGA